AUUUGUGGUAAAACUGAAAUUUCCCCAAAAUUCUUUCAAAAAUAAUCCAACUUCUAAGAGAACUAAACAUCUGGAUUCUAGUCGCAUAUAAUAUAACUUACUAUAUUAUAUACAAGUAACUAGUUUAAAUAAUUGAGCCAAUACAUUUUUAAUCAUUCUCUUAACUGUUAGUAUUACUUAAAUGGUAUAUAUGGAAAGAUAUACCGUAUACGAUGUGGAAAGAGAUGAUGCUGAAUUGCUGAUGAAUGAUGAUGAUGAGUAACGCUUUACUUAAUGGAGUUGAUAUGUAUUAAUAAUUGAUUUAAUAAAAAAAACUGAAGGCCGAUAUAUUAAAAAAAUAUUUCAAAAACGAGAUUUUCAUUUCUUAACUUUGCAUGUAGUUCUGUUUGGCUGUAAAGCUGACGUCUGAAAGGGGAGCAGUUAUUUCGUCUACUCAAAUUAGAUUAAACUAAUUUAUAUUAAGAAGAGAAAAAGUUAAGAUGCCAUACAGGUAUGUAUAUAUGUAGUACAGCAAAUUAGGUUUAGUUUAUCUGCGAAAGUUUUUAUUCCCAGAUUAAAAACACGUAUAGAAGCGUCGAAGACAGGGGAAAAAAAAGUAAAUACAAAAACGAAGCGACUCCGCUGGGGAUCAAACCCAGAAUCUCUGGUUUCGUAGACCAGCGCCUUAUCCAUUGGGCCACGGAGUCUUGGUUGCUUUAUAAUUACCACUUAAUAUUACUAAUCAAAUAUAGUCUGAAUAAUCAAGUCAAACAGAACAAGCUGCAGUGAUACAAAUACUCAAAACUAAAAGAUUCGGAUUCAUCAAGCCACGUUCAAAAUCUGAAUUAUGAAGCCUCCAGGAUUUGUUUGAACAUUUCCAUCUUCUCCAUUCACAAGCUAGCUGCUAACUGAAUAUCAAAAUGAAAGUGAUUUUUGGACCAUCAAGAAGAAUUUUUAUUAUUAUAAAGGUUUUCAAAUUAAAAUAUGAACUAUUAUAAGAAUAAGACCGACGGUUUUAUAGCUAGGAAAAGUUUACAAGAAACAAGCUUCCUAAAAUAUUGAAUCCCAAACCAAUGAAACAAAGGUAGAGACUAGAUACUCUUUCAAUGGUAAUAAAGACAAUAAUUAGUGAUAGGAGUCACGGCUUCGACAGCCAUGCUUUCCUCUCUCUCAAACUGUCUUUCAUUCCAUAUUCUCGUACUUGAUAGGAGGUUUUGAUUCACUUCCACCUUUUGUCAAGCUGAGCGAGCUCAAUCUCAACUUCAUCCACAUCUCUGAAUUUUUAUUAUUACAUCCAUAGUUUAAUACAUGAAACGAGUCUAUGUAACGAUCUGAAUCCAAGUUUUAUGUUCUUUACCAAUCCUUAGCUCUUUGAUUCCAUGUCCUUUCUCAGUUCUCAUGGUAUUGUGAACUGUGCAAGGCGGAUACUAACGGGCUGGAAGCUUAAGUUCGGCCCACAAUAUUAGACACAUUAAACCAUAGAAAACGAAUGAUGAUGUGUCAACAAUAUUUUCAUCGUCACCAGAAAAAUGCACCACCUAAUAUUCUCUUCCCCUGAGAACAAUGGUAGUAGUGAGCAGUGACAUAGAUGAAAGCUUAAAGCUUGACGCUUGAGAAGACUUUCUAAUUGAAACUCAAUAAAAAUGUGUGGCCUUGAUCGAUGCCUUGCUGACACAAUCAGAUCAGAAUCAUCAGAUCACGGAGGAUUUUUUCUCGACGAAUCUGUUCCUUCUUCGUCUGUCUCGUUCGUUCCCUGUAAGAACUGUACAGUCAGUUCGAUGCGUUUUGUCGGAAAGUCGAGUUUUUCGAAACUUAGGAGACGAGAUAGGACCAUAGGACCUCUGUUUCUGUCAGUCAGUUUAUCUAUAAAGGAAGAAAAAAGUAAAGGGUAUAAUGGUCAAAACGGCUAUAAGUCUCUUCAGUUGAAAGACUUUGUGUUGAUCCAAGAAGCCGGGGAGAAGAAGAUUAAGUGUUACGGAGAAUGGAUAAGGAGCUGCUCUCAACACCACCAAGCAUCUAUGGGCUGGAGCUUUUGCUGCCAUUGUUUCAAGGUCUCUCUCUUUCUCUUCUUUACUUUGAUACUCAUGAGAGGUUUUAUAUUAGAUUUGUAUCAUUAUAGUUCAAUAGUUAGUCUAUAGGUGUAGACUUUCUAGUGUGUUAUGGUUGCUUACUACUUAGUAUCAAUGUUCAAGAAAUCACUAGCCCUGUAACUAAUUCGCUUAGAGAACUACCGGGAUUAUAAGUAGACUAAAGAAUAUUAAUAAUUUUUAAUAUAUUUUACAUUUAUGUUAGAUAUUUAGUUUUUAAUUAUAAAAUUAUUUUGCUUAAUUAUAAAAAUUAGAUGUACAAAAAAAUAUUUAGACAAAUUUAUGGACUUGUACUAAUAUUAUUAUUUGAUUAAACAGAUUUAUAUUAAUUUAGAUCGAUUUAAAUUAAUUUUAAUGGAUUUAGAACUGUUUAAACCGAUUUAAAAUCGCAUAAAUCAGAUUUUAAGAAAAUUGUUUUGGAUAUAACUAGUUUUUAAAACAUUGCUUAGUAUUAAUUUGGUUAUUGAAGUUGGGGUGGCUCAUUGGGUUAUAGGCUUUUGGUUUGAGACAGAACUUGCAUUGCACCACUUGAGCGGAUGAAGCUAGAGUACAUAGUCCGUGGAGAGCAACGAAACCUUCUUGGACUCAUUCAGAUGAUCGCAACAACCGAAGGCGUUAGAGGAUUCUGGAAUGGAAACUUGGUUAACAUUCUCCGGACCGCUCCUUUCAAGUCCAUCAACUUCUACGCAUAUGACACAUACAGAGGCCAGCUUCUGAAACUCUCCGGGAACGAAGUAACCACUAACUUCGAGAGGUUUAUCGCCGGCGCAGCCGCCGGAGUAACAGCUUGCUUGCUUUGUCUACCGCUAGAUACCGUAAGAACGGUUAUGGUUGCACCUGGCGGAGAGGCGUUAGGCGGUGUGGUCGGCGCGUUCCGUCACAUGGUUCAGACAGAAGGUUUCUUCUCGCUAUACAAAGGUCUUGUGCCUUCGCUUGUGAGCAUGGCUCCUGCAGGAGCUGUGUUCUACGGCAUCUAUGAUAUUCAGUAGACAGUAGUUACUUUGUAUAUGAGUUCAUGAAAGUUGUCAUGAAGGUAGAAUCAGCACAAUAGCUGGUCUUAUGGCUUCAAGUUACUUCUGAGAAGAGUUCUUUGUUUUGAGGGAUUUUACUCUGAAUCUGAAGCUUUGUAUCCACUUUUACUUGGGCAUUUUGUUUGUGAAACAACUUGUUGCAAAAUAAAAAAGUUCAAAAAAUCUUAUGAUGUAACUAGAUGUAACUUAGGCGCUUCAUAUUGUUUUUUAUAUAUUCUACAUUUACAUCUGAAAUUUUAAUUUUGACUUUAAUUAUAAAAUUAUUUUGAUCAAUUAUAAAAAAUAUAUAUAUAAAAAAUAAAUUAGAUAAAUUUUGUGAUUUACACUAAUAUUUUUAUUUAAUUUAGAUCAAUAUACGGUCAUGGUCUAUAUGCCCCGAUUUUUAGAACAUUGAAUAUAAUAAAGAUAAGGAAACUCCAAUUUGGUUUCCUGUGUUCUGAUUUAUAAAAGCUUGGUCGUGUAAACAAUAUCUAAACAUACAUAUUCACUACAAUGUUUGGGAAAAUGCCAUAAAGACAGAGAAAUACAACAUCACAGAUUCUUGUCUUCUCCAAGAUAAGUCUUCAUCACUAGAAUCACAAUUGCCUUUGAGACAUCAAAGUCAAGACCACACCACAUUAGAGUGUUUACGGUUGCCAU